AUGGCUGGAAUGAUGGAAUUGGAUGCUAUAUCCAUGCUUACAGCUCAAGUUGCAUCCUUGACAAAGCAACUACAAAAGACUACACUCCCAUCUCAAGAUAUGCAAGUUCAAAACCUUUGUGAAGUGUGUGGUACAAACCAUCAACCAAACCAAUGCCCUGCUAUAGAUAUGAAUAAUAUGCCCAUGGAAGAAGUACAAGCUAUAGGAAAUUUUCUGAGACAACCUAAUAACCCAAAUUCCAUGACCUAUACCCCAGCUUGGAAGAACCAUCCUAAUUUUUCCUGGUCUAACAACCAAAACACUCUCCAACCUUAUCCUCCACCUCAGCCACAAUAUCAACCUGCACAAAAUAGGCCACCAUAUCCACAGCAAUAUGCACACCAAAAUCCUCCACCUGGCUAUUAUCAACCUACACAAAAUAGACCACCUCACCAAAUGCCAAUGAAACCAGCUGAACCUCAACCUGAUUUACUUAACCAAUUCAUGACUGAACCAAGGCGUCCAUAA